AUGAAGGGCACGUUUAUGUUCUUUUCCUUCCUGCUUUGGUUUGGACCUGCGGAGCUGAAACCCCGGAGAGGCUCCGGGGUGGUUUGUACCUUCAAAGACAAAACGUUCAGCCCAGGAGACAGCUGGCAUCCCUACCUGGAACCGUUUGGAUUCAUGUUCUGCGUGCGCUGCGUCUGCGCAGAGACAGGUCAUGUGAAAUGUAGCACAAUCAGGUGUCCUGCCUUGCCUUGUGAGGACCCGGUGACAGAGACUCAGCGGUGCUGUCCGAGGUGCACAGAUGAGCCCAGGAUCCCCGCAGGACUCAGAGCCUCAGCCAGGUUCUGCAGGCACAAUGGAAGCGUUUAUCAGCCCGGAGAGACCUUCACCAAACACGACCUGUUCCCGUCCAGGCAGAGCAACCAGUGCGCCAUGUGUACCUGCUCCAAUGGAAACAUCUUCUGUGCAUUGAAAACAUGCCAGCCCAUCACCUGUCCCUCCCCAGUACCUGUUGCAGACACCUGCUGUUUGGUGUGUAAAGAUCACGGCAGCAGUGGGUUGUCGUCAGCGGAGGAUGGAAGCCAGCAGCUGAACAGAGGAGUUAGGCAUUCGGUGGAUCAGUGUUCCACCGAGCCGAACAGGGUGCACUCGGACAGUGCCACCCCACCCAGGAUCAAGGCCUCGCCCAGGGCUCCGACCCUCGGUAAACUCAACCUCCGAGGGUCUUCGGAGACCACCGUGAAGUUCCUGCUGCAGAGGAAACACCAAAAAGUGUGUUUAUACAACGGCAGGACGUACUCUCAUGGAGACAUGUGGCAUCCAGUUUUGGGGAAGGUCCUGGAAUGCAUCCUUUGCACUUGCACCGACGGCCUCCAGGACUGCAAACGCAUCAUGUGUCCCGGCCAGUAUCCAUGCAAGCAUCCCAUAAAAACAGCAGGGAAAUGCUGCAAGACGUGUCCAGACAGUAAGGCUGACAUGAACCAGACGCGGUGCUUUUCUGGGUACAAAAACAACCUCCUGGUGUAUAAAGUCGAGUCGUCUCUGACACUGAAUCCACCCAACUCCAUGAGGAUCAUCGCUGUUCAAAGACAGAGUACGGCUGAGGUUGAGGUGCAGGUGUGGAGCGCCGCAGAAGGUGUUUUACAAAUCAUGGAAGUUGGUGACGUUCUAAGAAAAGACAUUACAGACCAUCCGGAAAAUUACAAACUUCUCACGACGCUGGAUGAAGAAACAUGGAGAAAAUUUAAAGAAGAGGGAAAAAACCUGAGUACAUCUUCUGGGACCGCAGUGUGUGAAGACGGCAUACGGGAGAUAAUGACUUUCCUGAACCCUAAACUAUCCGACGACCUGUGUUCACCAUGACCUGCUCCCGCGAAAAGUACGGCAAACAUAUAUCUUUAUAAAACGUGCACUUGGUUUUUAUUUAUACCAGUGGAAAUGCUUAUUUGUGUUUUUUAUUUGAUGUAUCGUGUUUGUUUGAGUUUUUAUGCAAUGAUUUUGUCACAGCACCGUGGUGAUGAGGUGGACUCCAGCCUUAGAUUUGGACUGAAUCUGGAACAACUGAAAUGUUGUUCUCUUUGAUAUAUCUACAGACUAACAAAGACAAAGACGAAGAGUUUCUCUUAUUUACCUGGUGGGUACGCUCAUCAGCCGUAACAUUAUCAGAAUCAGAAUCAGCUUUAUUGUCAUUGC